AUGAGCGACACCUCUGACAGCACCGAUGAGGAGUCCUGCGGCCCUCCCAUGCCCUCUCUUAGAGGCAAUGGCCCGCCUACCGCUGUUGUUGGCAACUUCCUGUCUCCUGGAUCGCAUACUUCUGACCUAACAAGUUCGACAAGAAGUCGACAAAAUCGUGGACGUGAAAAUGUCACUCCACUCCAAACAUUGGCAUCAGCGGCAUCAAGAAGACAGGUAACUACACCACUUCGCAAUAUCACCAACAACGCCACGAGAACGAGGCAGUCAAGGACUAUGAAUGAACAAGAGCAACAAGUUGAUCCUCCGGUGCGAUUGACCGCAGAAGAAGAGGAGGAAGCUUUUGAUUUAGAUUGCCGAGCGAAGGCAACAAAUGACGACUCUGAUGAUGAAGGCGAGCUAGCAAAGGACGCUAUGAGGGAGUUAACAGAAGAUGAGCUGAGUCCUUCCUGGAUUCUUUGGAUGAAGAGCUUGGCUUGUUAUUGCGUCUUCCAUCCAGUGGCGACCAGGACGGCACUACGACUCCUGUUGCAACGAACAUCAUUAUCCCUGGUCUGGCACACCCCGGAAUGGAGCGGCCACCAGGUUUGCCCCAGCUUGAACCUGGGAACCUACUCCUAA